AUGUCACCACCCUCCACCAACCCGGCCCUCACGGCCUACAAAGUCUACCACCUCUCUCAGAUCAAACUUGACAACGAGUGCCGCCGUCAAACACCCGACCUACACCGCAUCGUCGGCCACGCCUCCAUUGUCGACAAUGUCCGUCGCUGGUCUCGUGAAACCGCCGAACUUUCGGAAACAGUCCUGGUCGACUCCGAUUCAGAUACCGAUUCUGACCCUUUCGAAGACCCGGCCUCGGACGAAGACUCAGAACACGCCGAUACUAUAGGCCAAGUGGCCAUAUAUGACGACGACCUCGACGACAAUGACCAAUUCCAGCAGUGUGAGACCGAUAGCAACGUCCACAACAACCAAACCCCCGUCGACCGAAAGGUUGAACCCCCCAAAAAGUCAACUAUCCCAAGUCCCCAGCGACGACCUCCCCCACCUCCACCAGCCACUUCGCUGUAUGAGUAUGAAAUCAAAACUCAGAACUGGAAACAAAAUCGGCCGAUCCUGGUGAAGGAGACCAUUAUCGAGGUGGAUGCGGACGAUUGA